UUUCUCUCUCUCUUUCUCUCCCAUCAUCAUUCUCCCUCCCUCCCCCCGAUCUAUAUCCAAAUCCUUUAACCCUUUCAAUUUUGAAUCGAAACCCUUUAAAAAAAAAACCCCCAAUUGAAUCUUUACGGUUCUGAGAGGAGUUUAGGGGGGGUUUUCGAGAGAUGUUGAAUGUCAGGUUCAUUGAUGAAUCUGUUUUCUCUCUGCUUCAAGCCAUUCGGGCACAUCUGCGAUAAUUCCGAGGCUGGAUCGGGUGGUGGUGGUGGUGAGGGUGGUGGUGGAAACGGCGGUGCUGAAGGCAAAGACGGGUUGCUUUGGUUCCGUGAUCUCGGUAGAUACUGCGGCGGCGAAUUCUCCAUGGCUGUGAUUCAAGCCAAUCAGGUUCUUGAAGAUCAGAGCCAGAUCGAAUCCGGUAAUUUCGGUACUUUCGUUGGUGUUUACGAUGGUCAUGGUGGUCCUGAAGCUGCUCGUUACGUCUGCGAUCAUCUCUUUAACCAUUUCCGACAAAUAUCAGCGGAGACGCAAGGAGUUGUGACAAGAGAGACUAUACAAAGAGCCUUUCAUGCGACUGAAGAAGGAUUCGCUUCCAUUGUCUCAGAACUGUGGCAAGAGAUACCGAAUUUGGCAACUGUUGGCACUUGUUGUCUAGUUGGAGUGAUAUAUCAGAAUACUCUUUUCGUGGCAAGCCUUGGAGAUUCAAGGGUUGUUCUUGGAAAGAAAGGCAACUGUGGCGGACUCUCUGCUAUCCAGCUCUCAACUGAACACAAUGCCAAUAACGAGGAUAUUCGUUGGGAACUUAAGGACUUACAUCCUGAUGACCAGCAGAUUGUUGUGUUUAGGCAUGGAGUUUGGAGAGUUAAGGGCAUUAUUCAGGUUUCGAGGUCUAUAGGAGACAUGUAUAUGAAGCGGCCCGAAUUUAACAAGGAGCCAAUCAGUCAAAAGUUCAGACUUGCAGAGCCAAUGAAGAGACCGUUGAUGUCUGCAACACCGACUAUACUCGCUCAUCCUCUGCACCCUAAUGAUUCGUUUCUCAUUUUUGCAUCUGAUGGUCUUUGGGAACAUUUGACAAACGAAAAAGCAGUUGAGAUUGUUCAUAACCAUCCCCGCGCUGGAAGCGCAAAGAGACUGAUAAAGGCGGCUCUUCACGAGGCAGCGAGGAAACGUGAGAUGAGAUAUUCAGAUCUAAGGAAGAUUGACAAGAAGGUGAGGCGCCAUUUUCACGAUGACAUCACGGUUAUAGUGGUGUUCUUGAAUCAUGACCUCAUAUCCAGAGGUCACUUCAACUCAACAACACAAGACUCGCAAGUCUCUAUACGGAGUGCUCUUGAACACUGAAAAGCAAAAAACAUUUUACAACAAUGUUUCUUCUUACUUGGGUUAUAUGACUUUUUUUGCCUAGAACGCAAUAAAAAAAACUGGGCAACAUCUAAAAAACAAAAAGGAAAAUUGGAAAACAUUGUAAUGAGUUCUCUUGUAUUAAGCGGCAAUGUUUGACUGUGGUGUUUCUCUUCAAGUCGUUGCAUAGUUCUGUCCUGAUGAGUUACCACCAACCAAGCCUUUCGUCAAAGAAGACUUCAUGCCGUAUUUUCUGGUUUUUCAUCUCUUUUAUCACACCUGUAACUGUAAGUCUGUACUGUGUAACAUAGUCGUGUUAUAUAAGUAACAAUACCAUUCUAUGUAA